CCGGCGCUCGGUUCGGCACCGCGCCGCGCCGCGCCACGGAGGCGUCACGAGACCGCCUGAACGCGCGACGCCCCCCUUGUCCUCUUGCGGGUCCCCGGUUCCCUCCUGACACCGAGCGCGAACCCCUUUCCCGCGCCUCUGCACAUGCCAUUUUCAGCUUCCAUCAUCAUCGCUAGCCUAGCAGCGGGCGACCGAGCACUGUACUGCUGCUGCCUGCUGCCUGCACACCGCGGGUGGGAUUCGUACGCGCUCACACAGCACGCUGCUUCGCUCUCGUCUCGUCUCCGGCAUUGGCGCGUGUACAGGGAGUGGCGGAGAUGGAGGCGGCAGAGGCCGUUGCGGCGGGGAGGCGACGGGGCGAGGAGGAGGAGGCUUCCGGCGCGGCGCCGGUCGGCGGGUCCUCGUCGCUCGUCGGCACUGCGGGAGGCGCCGAGGGGUUCGACGGCGCGCUCAGAGAGCUCAAGGACCUUCGCUCCCAGCUGUACCAGGCGGCGGACUGCUGCGAGAAGGCGUUCCUCGGCACCGAGAAGAAGAAGAUAAUUAUGGAGAGCACAAAGGGUUACAUCUGCGAAGCGAUUGUAGCAGUGAUUGAUCAUUUGGGGACUGUGUCAUCCAAGCUCGAGCGCCAGAUGCAGGAGAAGAUCGAGAUCACACGAACAGAAAAGAGGCUGAACUUCCUGAAGCAGAGGCUCCUGACAUGUGAACAGUAUGCAAUUACUCUCAAUGUAUUGACUGUACGUGGGGACACUGACACCAUUCAGUAUCAUCGGCGUUACCUCUUGCAAUCUACUGGAGGAAUCAAAGAAGGAAAUGGUACUAACUCCAGAAAAGAUGAUUUAAAACUUGUGGAGUCCAACAGCCCAACCACACCUGGAGCUACUCGUACUUUCAAGCCAUACGAUAUUCAGUCAACUAUUGGUAAAUUCGGGAGAGAACGUUCGGUGGCAACUUCAGACUUUGAAAGCCCAGCGGUUGCAAAGAGUUCAUUCUCUUUCAGAGCAGAGGACGUUCCAACUGUUCUAGCAGGACACAAGAAGAAGGCCAAUCAUGGCAGUAAUAUCUUGUCAUUUCUCAGGAAAGGUAGGCGGCAUGCUUAAGAGCCAAAAGCGCCACCGGAAUAGCUCAGGACACACGCUAUAACGAAUUCAGUAUUGAGUGGUAACAAUGGGCAAUCUGCUAUCACUGAAUUCUCCAUAUUUUCUCAAACCAGUGUCCAUUGAUCGUCAUGUAUGUGUUUAGCUAGCUUUGCCUUGGCCCCGGCUGUAAAUUCCUGAUCGACCUGGACAUGCACUCAACGUUGUGCGUCAUCAAGGAAAAGUAUUGUUGACCCUAGAAAUGGAUUUUAAUCCCUCGAGUGGAUACCCGUUGGGUUGUUUGACAACUUUUGAGAAAGAGAUUUUAUAGGAGUGGUUGAUGGAGUGAUAGAUAACGAGAGUUUCACUUCUAUUCUCGAUCACUUGUUUGAAAGUAGAGGUGAGACUAAUGGAUUGUUACCGUGGGAAUUGGAAUUUUUUCACAAUUAAAACUCCUCCCCAGCUAUUGAAAAAGGUACAAUGUAGUACCA